AUGCGUUUGCAUCCGAUCUUUGUUUUGCUUAUACCCGCUUUGGUGACCUGUGUGCAAGGCGAGAUCCAUGGCGCUGGUCCUGUGUACACCGUGCCAGUCGAAUCCGAGACAGCUGAAUCUCGGCUGAGCAAUCGUGACGCACCCAGUAAUGCCGACUAUCGCUGUGGUCCCAAGAUCGGCAAAUGCCCGGUCGGUACAUGCUGCUCCGGUGCAGGAUUUUGUGGCACAUCCAAAGCACACUGUCGGUCCCCAGAUUGCAAGAUUGACUACGGCCACUGCGAUGCUCACAGGUCGCCUUAUGGACCCCCAACCAAGGAAAUUUCCCGUCCACAUGUCGGCCAAGUCCCUUACGGUCCAACCCAGAUCCGCUCAUGUGCUAUCCCCGGAACCGUUGCACUGACCUUUGACGAUGGUCCGACCCGCUACACUGGAGAUCUGCUCGAUUUGCUGGACAAAUAUGAUGCGAAAGCGACAUUCUUCAUCACUGGCAUCAACAAUGGAAAGGGUGCUAUCGACGAUCUCACUCUGCCUUGGGCUUCGCUGAUCGAGCGCAUGCACUCAAGUGGUCACCAGAUUGCCAGUCACACUUGGUCGCAUGAAGAUCUCAGCAAGAUCACUCCCUCCCAACGCAGUGAGCAGUUGGAGAAGAACGAAGCCGCGCUGCGGAACAUCCUGGGUCACUUCCCUACUUACAUGCGCCCGCCUUAUUCCAGCUGCAGCCCUGACACAGAAUGCGGAAAUGAGCUGGGUGAACUUGGCUACCACAUUAUUCUCUAUGACAUCGAUACAGACGACUACAAGAAUGACAGCCCCGACCUGAUUCAACGAUCCAAGGACAUUUUUGAUCACCAGGUCCUCAAAAGCGACCCACGUACCAAGUCCUGGCUUGUCAUCGCCCAUGAUGCCCACGAACAGACUGUCCACAACCUCACAGAGCACAUGCUUAAAGCCAUCAAAAGGUUAGGAUACCGUGCGGUCACUGUUGGAGACUGCCUUCGUGAUCCCCGGCCGCUUUGGUACCGCAAGGACACCCGAAUGCCCACUCACAAGAAGAAGCCAAAGAAGGCUUCUUCCGCGGAUCCCAACAAGCCGAUCUCUUGGGAUGGAUCUUGCGGUUCUAAUUAUACUUGCCUUGGCUCCACAUUUGGCUUCUGCUGCAACAAUGAAAAUGCGUGCGGCAACACGACCAACGAUUGUGGCAAAGGUUGCCAGAAGGACGCUGGUUAUUGCACUAUUGAGACUCCUUUCAAUGGCGAUGCAUGGGAUCCAAAGAUUAAUCGCAAUGAUGCUAAGUCGGAAGCAGACUCUGACUUCCGAAUGAUUGGAACCGCGGCUCUGACAUCCUUGUUCCUUGCUCUGUUCGUUGCGAUGUGGAUGUAA